UAAAUUUGGGAUAAAAAUCAUAAUGCGUAUAUCCAGAUAUAAAGAAAUACUCAAGAUAGGGUUAAGACGUAUUAAUGACGCCAAUCCGAUCAUACCGUCUCACAAUCGAGAAUUGGAAAACAAAUCAAAUGUCGUCUGCGUUCCAAAAGAAAUCAAAAGGAAGUCGCAACUUUUCGUCCAAAGCAAGUUUUCCUGUUGGCUAUUGCACGCGGUAUGAAUUCAGCGUAAUGCACUCUUGUUAGCCAGGUGGCGCGCUUAUGCGAGCGAGAGACUCUCCUAUUGGUCGGUGAUGUUAGAGAUAACAUGGCGGCGAUCGGCGCGCGAUUCAUUCCUAAACGCGGUCAGUAGGUUACGCAAUCUCGCGACGUGUGCGUCGUUGUCGUCAUUGUUACUCAGCGUCAGCUCUCCGGGUCGAUUUGACGGCAACGGAGGUGCGGUCGGUCGUCAAUGCGGCGACGAGUGGCGAGCGCGCAAAAUGGCGCCCACGCGUGUAAUUCUGAUGUCGUGCGGCAGUUACAAUCCACCGACGAAUAUGCACCUGCGAAUGUUUGAAAUUGCUCGAGACCAUCUGCAUCGAAUGGGAACGCAUGUUGUUGUUGGUGGAGUGAUUUCUCCAGUGCAUGAUGCAUAUGCUAAGAAGGAGCUAGCCAGUGCUACGCACAGAUGUGCAAUGCUGCGCUUAUCUUUGCAGAAUAAUGACUGGAUUCGACUGAGUACAUGGGAGACAAGGCAGAACUGUUGGACCAAGACUCGCAUUUGCUUGCAACACCAUCAAAAUCUGCUCAAUUCCAUGCUGUCCAAUUCUAAUGACAUCAAGCAUCACCUGCAGAUAGAAGAUACAGAUUGGAUUCCAGAGAAUGUGAAAAACAGUUCAACAGACAAUACGCCGAUACAAAUUAAAUUGUUAUGUGGCGCAGAUCUUCUAGGACUUUGGCUGGAAGAAGAUAUUGAUGCAAUUGUCGGCGAACAUGGUCUUGUAGUCAUCACCAGAGAGGGUUCCAAUCCCAAUAAGUUCAUCUAUGACUCAGACAUCCUCUCUAAGCACAUGAACAAUAUCUGUAUUGUGACUGAAUGGAUCCCGAACGAAGUUAGCUCAACGAGGAUCAGACGAGCUCUAAAGCGCGGUGAGAGCGUCAGGUAUCUACUGCAAGACUCCGUCAUUGAUUACAUCUACAAGCACGAGAUUUACGAUGCGAGAAUGCCAGACACAACAAUUAAGUUGGAAUUGUCGUCGCCGAAUGCGAACAAUUACCUGCACAUAGAUCCCCGAUACUUAACUGCAUUAUUAACGCCGUCACCCAGCGAUGUAACCAUGGGCUCGCCGAGCCCAGUCGAGAUUGUUGCGUCAAUUGAUGUGCCGGAUGCGGUGGUGCUACGCAAAAACCUGCAAAACACUGCGGGUAGUGGUGGCGAGCUCGACGAAAUUCGCGAACAAUUCGUUAGUGUGAUCAGCAACAACGCCGACAAUGGCAACGUCAAGCAUGUAUCUAGAAUCGCAUAUCCCGGUCAGGCGAAACAGAUCAUCGCCAGCGCAACCGGCGUCGCGCGAAUUUUAGACGAGGUAGGUGCGUUUGACGAGCCGAUGGCGAAGUGCCAGCCUGAUCUUUCGUCAGAAGAGGGUCGUAGUUCGGUGAUAGAUAGUGCUGGGGGUAAAGUUAGUGGACAGAGAGAGGUCUCGGAUUUCAAAUCCAAGACGAAAAUCAUUGAUGUGGACUUAGGUUCGAAUGAUGAUCACGAGAUAAUAGUAAAAAUUUCUUCGAAUUCUGGCGAAUUGAUGUCGAAUGACGAUCGUAGGUUGACAGUAGAUGAUAUUGCCAGGGAUAAAGAAGUGUCGAAUCUGGGAUCUGAAGCGGAAAUUAUUGAUGUAGAUUUAGGUUCGAGUGAGAUCAUGAAGAUUUCGUCCGGUCAGUCAAGUUUUGAUGAACUCGUGCCAAAAGAAUAUUCUAGGUCAAUAAUAAAAAAUGUAGUAAAGGGUCAAAUUGAGAUUGAGCAAAAAGAGAAUUUGAGAUCUAAGAUGGAAGUCACUGACAUAGAUUUAGAUUCGAAUGACGAUUGCAAAUUAAUAAUGAAAGUUCAAUCGAGCGAGUCGAGUUCUGGCGAACUCCGAUUGGGAGAAUGUUGUUGGCCGAAAAGAGAAAGUGCUGUUAAUGAUGGAGUCGAAACUUGCGAUAGAAAAAUUAUGUUUGAGAAAAGAAUAAUCGAUGCAGAGUUAGGUUUAGAUGAUAAGAACGCAUUGAAAGAAACUCGUAGGUCUACGAUAGGAGCAAUCAGUGACAAAAUAAAUUCGGAUCAGUCUAGAUUUAGGAGAGUUGGAUCGGAGAAGAGUUCCAAGUCGAUAGUAAAAAGUAUCAUAGAUGGAAAAGUUGAUGUUAGCAAAGAAAUAGUUAAUGUAGAAGUAGAGUUUACCGAUGUUGUUAAGGUACAGCCUGCUCAUUCUAGCCAUGGCAUACUUACGUUAAAGGACGACCGUAGAUUAAUGAUAGAAAAACUUACAAAUGAGCUUAAAAUUAAACUUGACGAGGAGAAGAAUAAGUCUAAAGAAAGUUCACAGGUUGACAAGAUAGGUAAAAAUGAUACAGAAUUAACCGAACUUAAUGUGGAGGAAGAUCUAAAGAAUAACAUCGAAGUUGACGACAUGGGAAUCGAUUCCAGAAAAGAGACAGCCGACUUCGAAUCAAAUAGAACUAAAUAUCUAGAUGCUAAGGCAAUAACUUCGUCAUUAAACGUUUCAAUGACGUCACUGGAUGGUCGCCACGAAUGUGCUCUUUCCGAUUUCAGCGUAGACAAGGAAGAUUAUCGCCUUAGCCAAUAUGGUUUUGACGAGGACGAAGAAGAAAAUAAGAAACCUAUAUAUACUGCCAGAUUGAAUUUGACGAAAUAUGCUGACGGUCAAAUAGAAGACGUGACAGAUAAUAUAGAUUCUGUAAACGAUCGUGAGAGUGAUAACCGCACAAAAUCUUUCAAUGAAGCAGAUCAAUUGAAAUAUAUCGUGGAAGAAUCACUUUCAGUGGCAGAGAUAAACGAUAAGGAUAAUAAUUUUGAAGGCGGAGAACAGAUAAAAGAAAUAUUUAGAAUGUCGCAGGAGACUGACAAGAUGAGCAAAAUAGAAAAAGAAUCAGAAUUGGACACACAUUUCUCGGAAAAACUGAUGACAUCUUGCGAUUCGAGUCUCGAGAUAGAUGGCAAAUACUUAAAAUCGAUUGUAAACUCUCGUAAGAGUCCGAGAAAGAUCAAGGACGGUCAAAUUUGUGACGUCGAAGUCAAGGAGCAAUAUCGACUCAUUGACGAUCCACAGGCGCUUCAAUCUGAAACAUUCCAAAAUUCUUCCACGAAGAUGAAAAGCUCCGAAAUCACGGAAGAACAGAUUUACGAUGUAGGUAUCGAGGAAAAAGGGCAAAUUGUUAAGGAUCGAGAAACGUUUCGUGCAGAAAAAGUCUUCCAAGAUUCUUCAAGAUCAUCUUCCAUAAAGACGAAGAGUCCCAGAACAGUCGAAGAGCUUCAGACUGAUGAAAGUGAGCGUGAAAUGAAGGAUCAUGAUAAAUCUAUUAGUGAUCGAGAAACGUCUCGAUCUAGGAAGGCAUCCCAAAAAUCGUCAAAAAUAUCUACAAGUUCAAAAAGUCCCAAAAAGAAAAGUCAAAUCUUUUAUAGAAGUGAAGAUAUGAAAGAUUACGAUCGAUCUAUCAACGAUCGCGUUAUCACUCAAUUAGAGGAAGUUUUUUUGGAUUCUUCAAAGAAGAGUUCUAAAAACGAUUCCGAGAGCGAAUUGAAGAAGCAAAAUCGACAUACUGAUAAUCGAGAGACGUCGCGAAUUGAAGAUCCCUCUCAGCAUUCCUCGAAAACGUCUUCCAUAAGGAGCCCGAAAAAGACUCAAACUCAGAAGACUGUAAAAAUGAACGAAAACAAAGGACAACAAGCACAAGAAACAAUAAAAACGGCAAAAGAUGCUGAUAAUAAAACGAAGUGUGACUUUAACGAGAUUAAAGAUGUGUAUACGAGAAAAGUGAGACGUUACAACGUACCUCUUCAAGGCAGCUUGGACUCAAUGAUCGUGUCCGAUGAAACAUCCACACAGAAGCCGAAGAAAGACGACGCGUUCUCGAAGAAGUCGAAAAGCUAUGAAUCAAUCAAACGCAUCCAAGAGGUAUUUCUGGGUGUACCGCCAACGAAGACGAAUAGUAGUGGCUCGCAACUUGACAUUCCGGAUGAGUUCUGCUCGAUCUGCUGUUACAUGAAUGAGAUCACUUUCCGAACGGAGGAGGAAGUAAGCAGCCCGAAUCAGGAGACGUUCUAUACGCUCAGAUCAACGUGCAGUUCACUGGCUGAUGAUGACGAUUCUAUCGAAUGCGACAUCUGCGGUUCGCUUAAUCUCCAGGAAUCUGCUGACGAUCUUGAAGGAAAGAUUCAGGAGAUUCCCUGCGAGCUUUGCAAAAUCUGUGGCGAGGUGGAUGGCAGUUUUGAUCAGGAUUCUACAUUACCAGCUGAUAGGUAUACUUUCAAGAUGAUUGAGCCACAUCAAGAUGACGACGAUAGCUUCGAGAUUGAGAAUUGUGGCUUUCAGAGCGGCACGGAAUCAGCCGAUGAUCGAAGCAGGAUCUCUGAUAAAGAGAGAAUCAAGGAUCCUGGAAGACCGAAAUCACAGUCUCUGUUUAUUCACGGCUCUUCGAUGAAUAGAGAUCAGCCACGGGAAUUAUACUUUAUACCCAAAGAUGAAAUCGCGAUUUUAACGAGCGGAACCAGAAAGGUCAACCGUAAAGGUUCUUUGUUCAGAAAAAAGGAAGAUUCUAGCGGAAAUGCACAAGAUAAGAGAAGAUAUUCUUCGGUAGAUAGUCUUCAAUUGGCAAAGAUAUCUUCGAAGGGAAACGAUAAAGUGGUCAAGGUUGCGAAGAAUGCAACGCUAAUUGGAUCUGCUGAUAAUCUGCAGAUAUCGAGAGACUCGAAAAGAUCAAAAUCUUUGCAGAGAUCGGCCGACGAUGUCUGCAAAGAUCGGCUGAAUAAAUCCAUCGAUAAUUUAAACUUACAAACGGAAAAUCUAGGAAAGGAAAAUGAAGCUGAAGACUCAACCCAGAAAUUAAACACUCGAGAUAAGGAAGAGGUGAAGAUGAUUCUCACACAGCAUGGAAUCAAGAUUAUCAGCGAGAAGGAAACUGCCUUAUAAUCAGAAUGGGCAAUCGGAUACGUUGCGAUUGGGAUAUUAGAAAUUACAUGAAAAGAUAAUACAAUAUAUACUAUAUAAAUCAAGAGAUAUCGUCUUGCAUUGAAUAAUAUAAUAGUAUGUGCAACAACAACCUUUAUAGAAAGAAGAGAUUUUUUUUUAAUAUUAUAUAAAUUGAAUAAGUAAAUAAUCGAAAAGAGAAAGUGCGAAAUUUUUCUGUAGUGACUAGAAUCGAAAAAUAUAUAUACAAGCGCGUGCGCAUGCGAUAUAGAAAUUUAGAAAUAUAUUAAAUGAUAGAUUUAAUUGUUAUACGAAAGCUUCAUCGGUUUUUGAACACAAGUAUAUCCGCGUAUGUACAACAACUUUGAUAAAAGCCGAUAAACUUUUAA